UUGUCUGUAACGUUCACUUCUACUUCUGCGGUUUCUUAUAUUCUAUUCUAAAUUUCUCAUUGGAAGAAAUGGCAUUCCCACAGCUUAUCCCUUCUCCCACUUCUUCUUCUUUACCUCACAAACCCUCCUCAAACCCUAUAACACUCUCCCUAAACCCUAAAUCCUCAAACUCUCUGCACCAUCUCAAUCUCGCCGUUCUCCGCCACCGCUGCCGGAAACUUAAUUCCACUCUCCGCUGCUCUGCCUCUUCCUUCUCCGAGAAGCACCACCCCAACUCCCCCAACUCCGAUGACGUCGUCGAGCUUCCUCUCUUCCCUCUCCCUCUGGUGCUUUUCCCCGGCGCCAUCCUCCCCUUGCAGAUCUUCGAGUUCCGCUACCGCAUCAUGAUGCACACACUCCUUCAAACAGACCUCCGCUUCGGCGUCAUCUACACGGAUGCCGUCUCCGGAACCGCCGCCGUUGGCUGCGUCGGCGAAGUCAUAAAGCAUGAGCGCCUCGUGGAUGACCGCUUUUUCCUCAUCUGUAAGGGCCAGGAACGGUUCCGAGUGAACAGUGUGGUGCGCACGAAACCCUACCUGGUCGCGCAGGUGACGUGGCUCGAGGACCGGCCAUCUCCCUCCACCGACCUCGAUCUGGACGGGUUGGCCACCGAGGUGGAGACCUACAUGAAGGACGUUAUCCGGUUAUCCAACCGGUUGGGAGGGAAACCGGAGAAGGAGGUUGGGGAUUUGAGAAGAAACCUGUUUCCAACGACGUUCUCGUUCUUCGUUGGCAGCACCUUCGAGGGCGCGCCAAGGGAGCAACAAGCGCUGCUUGAAUUGGAGGACACCGCCGCCAGAUUGAAGAGGGAGAAGGAAACAUUGAAGAACACUCUUAAUUACCUCACUGCUGCUUCUGCUGUUAAAGAUGUUUUUCCCUCUUCUUCCAAUUCUUCUUGAUUGGUGAUUUAUACUCUAUACCCAAUGUAUUGUUGCUUGUAAGUGUAACUUCGUGGCAACAUAUUUUGAGAAAAUAGUUGUAAAUUCUUUUCGUGCGUAAA